CUUGUGGUUGUCAUUGACCCCUUUUAUCUAACUCAAUUAGAUAUGAGAAGGCUGAAUACCAAUUAAUAAUUUAUUGAUAAAUGGAUCACCUAUUCACAUGCCUAAUAUAAUGCAAAAAACAAAUUCCUGGUUCAUUCUGAUACAUAUAUCAAUAUAUACUAUAGAAUAUGGAAUACCUUACAGUAUUCUGCAGAGAUCCCAGUAAAAGGUAAAUAGUAAAUGUAAAGGGGAUCAUUAGGAAAAAGUUUGUAAAGCUGUUAAUUAUAAAAAAAAAAAAAAAAAAAUGCUAGUGGUAACUGCACACAAGUGACCCCUUUAUUUAGGGGUCAGUAAAUACACUGAAUGCUUAAAUAAUAAGUACACCUUUCAAUACAGGGUUACAUGCAUUAGCAUGUACAGUGUAUAUGCAUUAUUUUGUCUGUGAGUGUUUGCGUAACAUUUUUUUUAUACCAGCAUUCAACUUCCCAGAUCCUAGUCUAAGAUUUAGAAACUAUUAUUAAAAUGUGGCAUUACUUAAAACUCAUACUUCAUAUUAGAGUACCAAGUAGGUCUUUUGAAACAAGAGCUAUCCAAGGUAUUCAUAGUGUAUGGCUAAAUAACAAAUAAUGUAUAUGUUUUCUGCAGACUGCGAUAGCAUAGAUCAUGUUUUAUGCAAGUCCAGUAACUGCUAAUCUGCCGUGCAGGGUGUGGAUUUCCUAUGAAAUCCUAUGCUUGUGGUAGAUUAAUGUGCUUUUCUGUCACUCGUGAUAGGGUAAUGUGUCUCUUGCAUAAACUGCAGUGCAGUAGCAGUCUUGGCCUCUUUUAUUAGCAUUUAGGGGGUUAUAUAUCAAAGUUCGAUUUUUCUGGUUGGACUUUUAACAGGGAAAACCAAAAUUUUUUCAUUAAAAAACUCAGACUUGCCAAAAUCAUGUAGAAGUCAUGCAGAUGUCCUGAAGAUAUCCUGAUUCGAACUGGGUUUCACAAAAAGUCGAGGUAUUCGGGCGUCAAAUCAAAAAAAAAUUUAACUAUCUAAAUGAGACUUUUCCCACAAAAUAUUUUUUUCAGGAAAAUUUCAUGAUAAAUAGGGGGGGGGGUAAAGUCAGUGCGAAUUUGGUCGGAGUGGCUUUCCAAAAAUAGUGAGAUAAAUUCGGAUUUUGAUAAAUAACCCCCUUAGUGUUGCCGCUUCACAUCUUUGUUAAUGAACACAUAUAAAGCUGCUGCAUGUCUGGUUAGUUGCCGGUACAUAUGUACUGUAUGUACAGGCCAGUGUAUGUAGAAUGCAGACACUCCUGUUUAUGUAGAAUGCACUGCAUAUGCCCAGUUUUCUAACCUGUGUGCAGAUUUGCACAACCCGAGUUUGUGUACAGAAUGCAUACUGUAUGUAUAAUCCUCCCCUGUGUGUAAUGAAUACAUACUGUAUGUACUCACUUCACGUCUGUAUAUAGAUGCUUAGUGAAUAAAAUAUAUACUGUAUGCAGCAUUCUUCUAUGUGCAGUUUCACCCCUGCUUGAUGUAUUCAGUUUAGUACAAUUAUUUGCUUAAAUAUUUGGUCUAUGAAAAAUACUGCUACUAAAUUACAUCUAUGGGAAAAAUUUAAUGAAUCUUUUUUUUUAACUACAGUUGAAUGGUAAAUCUUCUGCACUUUCUGUCUAAAAAAAAAUACCAAUAUCUUAUCAUCUACUUGAGUAUAUUCAUAUUCUUUUCAAAUUAUCCCGAGCUCCCUAAUCUCCUCCAGGCUUCUAAUGAUGAAGCCAGUAAUAGGAUUUGGGUAUUAAUUUGGGACCAUAAUGCCAGCUGCAUGUUGCGUGGCUAGUGGGUGAGGGGUGACCUUGCAGCAUGGUCAGUGUCUGCUGGCUUUGAUCUGAUCUUUAGAGAAUGUGAGUUGGCUUGUCACAGAGCGGUGUGGUCCCAGUGGGACAGCAGUAGACUUUUAGGGCACAAUGGCAGGGGCUGUGGAUGCAGGGCUGGCCAGAGCGAAGGAUGUGUGCAAGCGGAAUGGACUGCUCAUCCUCUCAGUUUUAUCCGUCAUAGUGGGAUGUCUGCUUGGAUUCUUUCUCAGGACUAGAAGACUAACAGAACAGGAAAUUAGCUACUUCCAGUUUCCUGGAGAACUUCUUAUGCGGAUGCUGAAAAUGUUGAUUCUUCCUCUUGUGGUGUCAAGUUUGAUGUCGGGACUGGCUGCGCUUGAUGCAAAAACUUCCAGUCGUUUGGGAAUUUUUACCAUCGCCUACUACUUAUGGACAACAUUCGUAGCUGUUAUAGUAGGAAUUAUCAUGGUUUCCAUCAUUCAUCCUGGGGGUGCAGCUCAGAAGGAAAAUACAGAGCAGAGUGGGAAGCCUGUGAUGAGUUCAGCAGAUGCCCUUCUGGAUUUAAUCAGGAAUAUGUUCCCAUCAAACCUUGUGGAAGCCACUUUCAAGCAGUACCGCACAAAGAAUGUCCCAGUGCUGAAGCCUGUUAGGGCCUUUCCAUCCGAAGGUUUCACACAUAGAUUUGUGAUCUAUGGGAUUAGGGAUGAGAAUGGCUCACACAUCCAGAAUUUUGCACUAGAUAUCACCCCAUCUCCAGAUGUUGUCUACAAAUCAGAACCUGGAACUAGCGAAGGCAUGAAUGUCCUGGGAAUAGUCAUUUUCUCUGCCACCAUGGGUAUAAUACUUGGAAGAAUGGGAACCAAUGGUGUUCCUCUUGUGAGCUUCUGCCAAUGCUUAAAUGAGUCUGUCAUGAAGAUUGUGGCUGUUGCAGUUUGGUACUUUCCGUUUGGCAUUGUAUUUCUCAUAGCAGGGAAGAUCCUAGAGAUGGACGACCCCACUGCCAUUGGAAAGAAACUUGGAUUUUAUGCUAUUACUGUUUUAUGUGGGCUGGUGGUGCAUGGACUCUUCAUUCUUCCUAUGAUGUACCUUUUUAUUACAAAGAAGAAUCCAAUAGUGUUUAUUAGAGGGGUGCUUCAGGCUUUGCUCAUAGCACUGGCCACAUCCUCCAGCUCUGCUACUCUGCCUAUUACCUUCAAAUGUUUGCUAGAGAAUAAUCAUAUAGACAGGCGUAUUGCCAGGUUUGUGCUUCCUGUGGGAGCCACUAUCAAUAUGGAUGGAACUGCUUUGUAUGAAGCCGUGGCUGCCAUUUUCAUCGCCCAGGUGAACAACUAUGAGUUGGAUUUUGGGCAGAUUAUAACCAUCAGUAUAACAGCGACAGCAGCCAGUAUCGGAGCUGCUGGGAUACCCCAGGCUGGCCUGGUAACCAUGGUGAUUGUGUUGACAUCUGUUGGCCUUCCUACUGAUGACAUCACACUUAUUAUUGCAGUCGAUUGGGCACUGGACAGAUUCCGUACCAUGAUUAAUGUGUUGGGAGAUGCACUAGCUGCUGGAAUAAUGGCCCAUAUUUGCAGGAAGGACUUUGCAAAGCAGAAUGAAGAGCAGGUUCCUCUGAAUUGUGAAACCAAACCCAUUAGUCUCCAUCAGAUCAUGGCAUACCAACGCAAUGGUUGUGUGAAGAGUCGUAGUGCCCCGCAAUUUACCCCUUCUCGACAUGAAUUCCAACAGAUGCAGCAAGAUCCAGAAUCAGCCUUUCCAGAGAACACUGAUAGAUGCACAGAAAAAGACCACUGCACAAUAGAAAUCAGUGAACUAGAGACUAAUGUCUAACUGUAGUCUAUAUAGUAUGAUGUUCUUCAGCUGGUAUCACAUGCCAGCAACUUCUUACAUCCUGCCAAGCAGCUAGAAGAUGGUGUUGUGUUGGUAUCUUGCUGUGCUACCAGAUGUGAUGGAGCUUCAGCAAACAGUGGAAGUCAGUGAUGGUUCCUCCACAACAGGAUCACUACUUUUUUAAUUCAUUUUUAUUCAUGGCUGAAUAUGAGCCUACAUGUUUUCUUGUAGCUAUCAGUACUACUUGUGGUUCCUAGAUAAAGAAAGUAUUUUACAGAUGAAGGGAAGGCCUUCAGUAUUUGAAGGAUGAAGAUUUCUGAACCUGCAGAAGGUGAAAAUAAAUGGACUAUGACUGAUAAUUUUACAAUUUGCAGUUACAAUGAAAUGGUAACCACUUGGCCUCCCAAAAUAUAAAAAAGACUAAUAAUAUUACAGUAAGUACAAUAGAUUUACUGAACAUGGAUCAUUAGUGUGGGUGACAUGGAUGAACAUGUUUUGGGUCUGAACUACCUGCAGCUUUUGUUAUUUACCCUCAGUGCCUGGAACACUCUUGUACAGACAAAUAAUUUACUGCAGAGGGGUCUAUAGACAAUGUUACUGUACUGUACUGUACUUGUACUUCAAGUAUUCUGCUUUGACAUAUAGGAAGGCACCUAUACUCUAAGGGGCAGAUUUAUCAAGGGUCAAAUUUUGAAGUUAAAAAACGUCGAAAUUCGACCAUUGCAU